UUGGAUUCAGUUCAUCUCGAACGUGUGACGUGUAAAGUUUGUUAAAUUAAAACGCCAGCGUAACGCGAUAAGCUCUAAUGAAAAUAAAAUAAUCUCAACAGGAAGAUAAAAUUAAAAGAAAAAAAAAAAUCAAAACAGAAAAUCUAUUGCCGGAAAAAGCAAGGAAUUUAUACAGAAAACACCAACAACCAUUACCAUCUCUAGGUAUAGCAACAGAAAACAAAAAUAUUACACUUGCUCCCUUACAACGUCGAUAAAUUCAUAUUUACGCAGUGUCCCAGCUGCAUAAAAAACGUAGAAACGCAUAAAAAAAUAUAAAGAAGAAGAAAACACAAAUUUAAGAACAACACCAACAUCUCAUUAUAAGACUUGUAACUCUAGAAGGAUAUUGAAGGAUUCCAUUCGGUAAAUUGCUCGUUCAAAGACAACCGCAACAGCAGUAACCACAUAAAAAGGCAUACUCUCUCACAAGAUUCAAUUAAUAUUUUGGCACAAGAAAAAUAAGCCAAACCCCAACCACCGCCAUCAUCAAGCAGCACAAGCCAAAUUAAAACCGGCUGCAGCAAAUACCCACCCACCAACACAAUACGCACACUCACACACACACACUCACGCGCGCUCAUACACCAAGGCAAAUCGCGCACCUACAAAGGGCACAACAGCGUCUGGCAGACAGCAACACUUCUUCAACAGAGUGCACAACAUUUGGGUUCAUUGAAAGGCGCUCGCAGCCAGACAGAAGCUCACACAACUGCCAGUUCUCACACAUACACCGCACCAUUGCCAUUGCUUCGCAAACCACCACAUCGGCUCAUAAUCAUCAAACGACAUUUUCACCAUUAGCAUCGUUGUCCUCAGCGUGAAAGUCAUCAUUGCUGUUGUCGCCUCAUACAUUUACAGAGCAUAGAGCACUGAAAGAGAUUCUUCGCACCCACACAAACGCCCACAUAUACAGCGAAAGAAAACAGAGAACAAAAUGAAACAUUACCGCCACCAUAAUCAAGUUGUCUCAUCAUCGGUAUGCACAAUAGUGGUGGUGGCAUUGGCCUCAUUGUCAAUGCUGCCACAUCUGGCAUAUGGCACAACAGAAGUACAAGAGACACCAUUGGCUUUGCCAGUUGGUGAACAGACACAGCCGACAACAGCAUCACAGGGUGAAAUCUGGGAGGAAGAUGAUCACGAGAUUUUAAUACGCAACGAGCGAGGCACAAAGAACGAUGGAUUAUCCUGUCGUUAUGGCAAAAAUCCAUGGACUGAAUGUGAUACAAAGACCAAUACACGCUCAAGAACGUUGACAUUGAAGAAGGGAGAUCCAGCCUGCGAUCAAACACGAACUAUUCAGAAGAAAUGCAAGAAAGCUUGCCGCUAUGAGAAAGGAUCCUGGUCCGAAUGUGCCACCGGUCAAAUGACACGCGCCGACAAAUUGAAAGCAACAAGCGAUCCAUCCUGCGAAGCAACACGUGUCAUUAAGAAGAAUUGCAAACCUGGCAAAUCCAAGGAUAAGACUGCCAAGGAACAGCGCAAAAAUAAAGAUAAAGGUGCCCGCAAAGGACGUGCUUAAUUUUCUUUCCAAGUCUUAACUCACAACAAGACUCCCAGCGACAUAUUUUUGUUUUAAAAAUAUGAGAAGACAGCAAAGAAGAGCAAAAACAAAAACAAAAAACACACAACCUUAAAUAAUCUAAGAAAAAAAAAACAAUUAUAAUUAUGAAAUAAACAAACAAAGAAUUCGCAGAAAACCAAACAUCCCCCCCCCCCUUCCCCAGAAGAAAAUUUAUUAAUAAUAAACAUAAGAAGAGAUGAGGAAAAGCUAAGGAGAUUCAAAAAUCAAUCCCUCCCUACCACUAUCCAAAAAGAGAAAUAAACCAAAAGUCCACUCCUUCUUGCUCCUUCUAAACACAGACAGAAGCCACAGCCAGAAUUAAAACAAUUUCAAAAAAAAAAAAAAAACACACAAAUAAACCAAAACAAAAAUAGUUGAUGUAAUAAUUACUCAAACACAAAAGAGAAGGAUACCCUAAGAAAACUUCAAAAUGGAAAGAAACAUGAAACCCCUUCCUCCCCACAAAAUGAAGUAUAGUUUUAAUAUUUUAUUUGUAUUAUUGAUAAUAUAAUCGAAAAUAUGAAAACUAAAAAAAAAAAAAAACAAAAAAUAUUUCAUACCCCAGCCCACAAAAAAAAAAAAAACAAAAAAACAUGCGAGAAACUUGAUAUGGCAAAACAUUGCAAAACAUUUUCCAAAUACAAAAGCCAAACCCAAUGGUGCCCCCAAAAUUACAGAAUUUUAAAUGGUAAACUAAUUUUAACCAAAUCAUAAUGAAAAUCUCCCCUCGUAAAUCCUCCUAUGUCCUUAAAAUCAAAACAGAAGAAAGAAAUGAGAAAUGAGAAAAAAAAAAAAAACAAAAAUCCAAUCAUAAAAUAAAGCAAACAAAAACUUUUUAACAAGCUCAACUGAUUACUAAAAUAAAUAAACAACAACAAAACAACAACAACAACAAACAUACUAAUACCAUAAAAAAAAAUACAUGUCACACAUACAUACACACUCAGCCAUAGUUAUACAGUUUGACAUACAUACACUGAAAUGCAAGCAUUUGCUGGUCAACAACUUCAAACCGGAAACGGAAAUAGCCUAACCUAUAUUCAAAUGAUACAAAACAAAAA